UUCUGUUAUUGAGUAGAACUUCCGGUAACAGGCGGCGCGUGAACACGUGUUGAGCCAGACUCCUGCAGAUUCGGCUCUACCCUCGUUCGCCUCGUGUUCUCUUCGUUGUGGACACGCGCUCGCGGGACGGAGUGGACUGCUGUCACGCGGCUGUCGCGUAGAUGAAAGGCUGCUGUCUGGGAACGGCCGCGCGCUGCAGAGCUAGCGGUAGCUGAGCCGUCUGACAUGUGCGGACAUGUUCAGUCACCGGGAAUCAGCUGCUGUGGCUCGAGUCUGAACGCCUUCAAGUUUGUUUAGCGGAUCGAAGGGGAUCCAAUGGAUCAUCAGUUCCCUGCGCAACUUUUCCCCUCGUUUUACAACCACGGACCUCCGGAUUUAAGGCAGAAACACGGCGCGGGCGGAUGGGGCAGUUAUGAGCUCGUCAUUCCUCAGGAAGGGGCGGGUCCUGGCUCCAGCUGGACCUUUACCUCCAGACACCAGGUCAGCGGGGAGACGUGGCUCCACGGCGAGCCUGUGCCCAUCCCGCUCCUGUCUCCCAGAAGAGCUUUUCUUCCACCUGAAACGCCUCCAGGUCCAACAGACUUCACCGAGCACACUUCCAUGGAGUGGCGCUGCAGUACCAGCAGGAGAGCGAUGUCUGCGUGGACGCCAGCAGCAGGAAGCCCCUGAGCUUCCAGCUCAAAGCUCCCAUCAGACAGAUCAGCUGCACAUCCCUCUUCAGUGACUGUUGUGCCGCCGUGCGCUCGGAUCACCUCUGUGGCGUUUGGAGGUUCAGUGAAAGAAACGAGCCACGUUUGCUGCAGGUGAUCAACACCAGCGAGCUCUCAACCUGCAUCAAUGUCAGCCCUCAUGUUUUAGGGGAAGUUCUGGUAGCAAGUGAGAGUGGAGCUGCAGACCUGUGGACUGUUGGCAGAGGGUUUCAGAAGGUCCGAGUGGAGGACAGCAACCUGUACUUCAACGCCAAAUCCCCAUGGAGAUGGUGCGAGUUCUCAGCUCACCCAAGAGUGAUGCUGUACGCGGACAGGACGGGGGCGGAGCUCACUGACAUGAGGGUCAGUCCGUCCUCCAGCAACACGCUGUUCCGGAUCAGCAGCACCUCUGAGUGUCAUAGAGGAGAGCGGCUCAUCCUGUCCAAAUAUCUGGGAGACGUUCACUCCUUCCACCACCUCAUCACCACACAGUACUCUGCCUACAUCCUGGACGAGCGUUUCCCCUGCGUUCCCAUGCUCAAGUGGGACCACAUGAUGGCGUCUCCCCCCUUGUUUUGUCACGUCGCUCGCGGCUCAGAGUCUGCAGCUGCCAGAACCACUAAAGUCCUGCUGGGCUCCCACAGCUCCCAGGAGACGGUUCUGCUUCAGUACUCGGGAGGCAGAGCAGAGGCCAGUGUGAGUCGAGGUCCUCCUCAAGCUCUCCUCAGACCCAGAGACAGUCUGAAGCACCUCCCGGUCCAGAUCCCUCACCGGCUCAGAACCACAUCCAGCAGGCUGUCUGCACCUGCUGCAGGACUGACCUGUAUCAUAAGUAAAGCAGGAGGAGGACCUGAGGAGCACAUGUGUGUCCUGCAGCUGACGGAGGCAGGAGAUGUGUUUUGUCAGACACUGGAGCUCCAGCUCCAGGGCUGCAGCACAUCAGCAGAGCGCUCCCCUACGGAGGCAGCCUCAACGCCACCAAGAAGACCAACUGCAGCCCAGCCACCAGCAGCGCCGCUCGUCUCAGACUCCUGCAGCGAUGAGGACAUAUGUGAGCCAACUCAGGCCAUGAGCUCCCAAACGGCUGUCCCAGAAACUCCAGAAGGAAAGCAAGGCUCUAAGAAGCAGUUUUCCGAUUCCUCCUCUGAGUGCUCGGAGUACGAGAGCAGGAGGAGGAAGCUGAAGCGGAUGCAGCUGCAGGUUUUCUUCAACGACGAGCCAGAAAUGAAUGAAGAGAGAGCCGCAGAUGCAGACGGAGCUGAAGGGGAGGAAGAACAUCACAGUGAAGAGGCUGAUGAGACCAGCAGCUGCACUCCUGCUCAGCAGCAGAACCCAGCAGAGCUCAGCAGCAGAACUCUGAUGACAUGGAAACUCUGGCUCCAGAAACUGAGGCAAAGAAGUUGUGAGGAAAAGCCCCGCCCCCAGUGGUACAAGCAUUUAACCACCAACACCAGAGGUCUGCUGUGUCUGCCACAGUCUGGUUCUAGAGAACCAGCAGAGAAGGAGCGAGUGGAAAGUCUGCAGCAGAAACUGCUGUCAUGCAUGCAUGAACGCUCACUGCUGCUGCACAGCCCCGUCUCUGAAGACCUCAGGGUGCCUGUGCCAGAACUGGUCAACACGGACGAUUGGACGGAUCCGCUCAGCCAACGACUGACCCUGUCCUGGCAGGGUGAGAGCGCGUGGAAGGCAUGGUGGGAGGAGGAGCUGGGGUUAAACCGAGAUGCCAAGAUGCAGAGUCUGAGGAGGAAGAGGAGGAGGCAGAAGGAAGCCAGGAGAGCUGCAGGUCAGCAGUGGGAGCUGAGCCACAGCUUCACCUCCUCCUGCAGCAGCCAGUCCCAGCUGGAUGACUUCUCAGACUCCUCUAUGCCGAGUCAGAGGCAGUGGUCUGACUCCGAGGGUGCUGGGGUUCUGUCCCGGCUGGCUAAACGUAUUCAGGAUGAGAAUCAAGGAGGUAUCUUUGACGCUGAUGCUCCAGGUCCCACCCCCUCCGCCACACCUAAGAGACCUAAAGACACACAAAGUGAGCUGCAGGUUCCCGACCAAUCCCAGACCCCGUCUCUGUCCCAGACGAGGAGCUAUGAGGUCACAGCAGCCGGUCAGAGGAGGAAGAGACCCACACAGGACCACCUGAACGCUCUGUUUCCAGCACAGGAUCAUCCAUCUGAAACGGAAACCGCCGGACAUGAGCGGCCCUCGUCCUCUCAGCUGCGCUCUCUGCCGGCCUCUCUGGGAAGCACCAGGCCGGUUCCGUCCAGAAGUCCUUUCUCGCCCAUGGCCUCCUCCCAGCUCCUCUCGCCCUCCCGGGGGUCACAGAGACAGCUGAGGCUGUCACAGUCGUCCCAACCAAAGAAGAAGAGGCCCCAGAUGGGAUUCUGAUCUUUCCAGCUCACAGCAGAAACUCUUUGAGUCCAUCUGGAGGAUUUUUGAUCUGUUGUUGUGAACAGUGAAGCUGCUGACUGGAUCUGAUCAGAGACUCUUUGGAUUACCACGAUGAAUCCGCUGAAAGAGGAAGAUGCUCUGCAGACUGUGGUAGGACUGAAAACUGUCUGUGAGCUUCUUUGUAUUUUCAGGUCAUCAAACAGAGACAUUCCUCAGGGAGAGCCUGACUGUUGUCUUCUGUUCACUCUCACUGCUCAGAAAAAGUUCUUCCAUGUUUUAAACAGAUGCGUCACAUUACCAGUAUGGUUGUUUUCGUUUUAUAAGGGCAGAUGCCGAUUAGUCUGAGUUAAAAAAAGGCCUAUAGCCAUUAUUUGAGUCAAUAUCUAUUUGCAAUAAAAGAGAAAAUAUUGGCAUCAAAAUUUAAAAUAAUGAAAUCAACAACAAUUAACUUUGUUUCUUUAAAACAGUAAUCAAAAAAGCAAAUGAGUAACUCAUAGGAGUGCGGAGUAACAAGCUCAGGAGCAUAUUUUAGUCAUUUUAAUGUUAAAUAAACAGUUCCCUCAACGAUUUCAUUGUAAACAAAGUAAAACUUCAACAUUAAAUGACUGAUCUCUGUGCACAUGGAGUUCCUUGGCACCGUCACAUGUCGUAUAAUAAAAAUAAAAAUGUUAGACUAUAAAAUAGUUCCCUGAAGUUUAUCAAGUCUAUAAAACGGCUCACGCUGGGCUUUUUUCCUAGAACAGGGAGGAUAAUCAUUCAUCUUGAAUGUGCGUUUGCAUUCAUGCAUUAAAACUGACAUGCAGAGGUCUGAUUGUGUGGUUUGCAUAACCAUUCAGACUGCAGGACGAAGGCAGAGCGGCUGCACCAGAGCCAAAAUAACCAGUUCAGCAUCUACCCCAGACCGAACCCGAGGUGUUCAGAACACAAAUACUGGUCGAUUUCUGAGAAAGCCCAGGCUGAGUGGACUGAAAGGAAAAGGGUUUUUGUUUCAGGUUUUCAUGUUGAACUCCUCCCUGAGUGGAGUUCCAGCUGUUCCCUCAGGAUCAGCUGAUCGUUUCAUGUUUACCUCGUUCAUAGUUGUCAAUAAAUGUGUGUGUGGACUGUAAA